UGCAGCAUCGCACAGCAAUGCUGACGAACAGCACCACUCAGAUGGGUGCUCAAGGACUGUCUUUCACUCUAAACAGAGACCACUGGAUUUCAGAUAACUGGGAGGAUGAACCGUUGGAGGAGACACUAGCCAGCCAAGUGGCCAGUCUACUAAAGCGAUCGAAAUCGCAUCAGUUCUAUGGACUAAUGGGAAAACGCUCUGAGGUUGUCCAGCCUGUGAAAAUGGAACGAAGAAGGCAUAAGGGGGACAUGUUUGUAGGACUCAUGGGCAAGAGAUCUUUAGGAGGUGAUUUCAGAAAAACAAUCCCAGAGAGCAGCACAGCAAUGGACAAAUCUGGAGAUCUGAACAAACAAACAGCAGAUGUGCGAGAAGAAUGGGACAGACUGCAGUACUACUGAUGACAUUUUCCAGCGUUCUAUUACAGACUUCACUAGUCUCCGUGAACCAACAAACAAUUAUUCUCCACUUUUAACUGGCACCAAC